AUGACCGAAUCCUGCAAGUCAAGAUGUGAACUCUACGAACAGAUCGAUAAUCCAGAUGGUCUCGUUUUGCACCUACAAUCUGCCAGUCAAUUUGCUAGCUUGCGAGGUGAGCAUAGGCUGCAACUCGAGAUCUUGGAACUGUCGACGCCUCUGUCUAAGAUCCUUGCUGAACCGACAUACAACAAUGUCAUUCUCAAUCACACGCUCCUCGCCUCGCAGCAUCUCAACAUUGGUCAUUUUGCAGAAGCAAAAGAGACACUCGAUGCGACGAAGAAGCUGCUGGACCAAGCAGAAGGCGUCUCCCGUGGGCUGAUUGCAGAAUUCCAUCUUACUCAAGCCGAGUACUAUUCUGGUAUCGGCGACAUUGAAGAAGCCGGAUCUGCCUCGUCAUGGGCUCUGUCAAGAUCCCAAGCUAACAUGUCUAUUGCUCUGAGUUCUUUCCUGGAAUCGGUUCUCGCCUUGAAGCGUGGUCAAGUUCAGGAAGCUUUGAUCAGCGUUAAAUCGAGCGUUCGGGUCUUGUCUCAUGACUGGUCCAAGAUAGAAGCAUCCGUGUCUCAAAGUGCUAGUACAAGUGUUAUGGACGCUUCAACAACCAGUUCGGAUAGUGUCAAGGCUGGUUCGAAACUCGGCCAAGUGAUUGGGCCAAGAUUCUGGGCACUCGCAUUUCCCCUUCUGCGAGGUCUCUUGCACGUUUCUUCCGUAUACGCCCACCUUGGCAUGUAUCAAGAGACCGUUUACUAUGCGGAAUCCGCCCAGAAAAUCGCAGAGACUACAGGCUCUCCACUCUACCGGGCACAAGUCCUGGCCUGGAUAGGUUCUGUUUACCAUCGCGCUGGCAAGCUGACAAAGGCCCUCGAUUUUGGAAACGAGGCUUUUGAGGAGUUGCCAGAAGAUAUCUCGGCGUCUCGGGUUCGAGUUGCUUGCCAACUGGGCGGGUUAUUCCGCGAUACGGGUGACGAAGACAAGGCUCUCCAACUUCUUCAACUUGCCGAGGAUACUGCCCAACGUCUCGGAGAUCAUGGUAAGGUACUGAGCAUCCAGAAUGAGGUUAAGAAGACAGCUCCUGUUGCUGCUAAAGCGCGAGCUGCCGCCACUACACGCGCUACUCGCACUGCUGCCAGGACGACUCGAGCCAAAGCCGCCCCCGCUGCUGCUCCUGCCCCAGCGCCGAAGACUCGAAAGCGACAAGCAGCAACCAAGUCUCAACCAUCUGCUUUAGAAGUGUCCAAGUUGCCAAAGGACGCGUACCAGGCAUCUUUGAUGGCUUCGGUCAUUUUGUCGCGAGCUCUGGGCUUCAUCAGCCAGAAGGACUGGACUUCAGCUUUAUCAACUCUGGAGCUUGCUAAAGAACUGCCGAAAUUACUUGGUACUCUAUCUCAAGAGCAAGUAGUGACUGCGAUUUCUCUCAUCGGCCACAGCACAGAGCAGAUGAUUCAUGAUCCCGUCUUCUCUGUUGUUCAGGAUUCCACUAUCUCUUUCCCGGCAGUCGCAGCUUCUGACAAGACGAGACGCUCCGUAAGUCAGACGCCUCCACGUAAGGGACGUGCUGUCGCAGCAGCCACCGAGCGAAAGGCCUCAAAGGAGGCCAAUGUUCCUGCAUUCGCCGAGGCAUUGAGACAAGCCCAAGAGCUUCUUCUCGAGGCUCACGCUUCGACUCUAUCAACUGCUAAUAGCACCAUGGUACAUCGCAUCUCAGCUCUGCUUCAAAACACGGUCAUUCUUCUUUCCGCCACCUCAACGACGCAAUCCAAGGUUCUCGCAGGCUCAGGGUUUGCGACUUUCUCUGUUGAUUUGGCUCGUAACGUCACCUGGAAGCGUGAGCAAAGUACACUGCAGAACAAAGAAUGCACCGAAACAGAUGGCUCGGGGUCUGUCCAAACUUCGAGACGUGAUAGCGUCGGACUCACAACUGAGAUGGCUAAAUUCCAAGAGGACUAUAUUGACUUGGUACCCCACAACUGGAGUGUAUUCUCCGUCUCUUUAAGCGACAAUCAUCAUGAUCUGUGCAUCACCAAAUUCCAAGCGGGCCACAGUCCUUUCAUUCUCCGACUACCUCUCGAGCGUGCCAAUUCUCGAGAUGCUGACUCCGAGAUCUUCAAUUUCGAGCACGGCAAGGAGGAGAUGAUGGAUAUUAUCCGGCUUGCCAAUGAAACAAGCCACUCUGCUAGUCGCGACUUCAGUGUCAAGGGUGCAAAGUCUGCGUGGUGGGCAGAGCGAGACGCAUUGGAUGGACGACUCAAGGACCUUCUAGCCACGGUUGAGACGACUUGGCUAGGUGGUUUCAAGGGAAUUUUCUCCCAACACGAACGCCGACCCGAUCUCCUUGCACGCUUUCAAAAGAGCUUUGACCAGAUCCUCGACAGCAAUCUGCCUUCACGAAAACAGGGCCGAGGCAAAAAGCCAACAAAGACCUCCAAGGUGUCUCUCGACCCCCGAGUGCUCGAUCUCUUCAUCGGGCUUGGUGAUCCAACCGAUCCAGACAGCGAUUACGAUGAGGCACUCAACGAUCUGCUCUACUUUGUCGUCGACAUUCUUCAGUUCCAUGGAGAACGCAACGCUUACGAUGAGAUUGAUUUUGAUGCAAUGGUGGUUGAGACAUAUGAUGCACUACGUGGUUACUACAACGCUGUUAAAACAGGAUCAGAACGCGCAGAAGACGCACAUACUAUUUUGGUAUUAGACAAGGCUCUCCAUGCUUUCCCUUGGGAGUCAAUGCCAUGCAUGGAAGGCCUCGCAGUUUCACGCGUUCCUUCUCUUGCUUGUUUGAGGCAGCUUAUCACGGAAUCGCGGCCAUUUGCAAACGACGAUGAUUCUGACGAUGCGCCUGAAGGUCACUAUGUCUCUGCCGAUCGAGGAACUUAUAUCCUGAACCCCUCGACAGACUUGGUCAACACGCAGUCUACUUUCCAGCCAAUCAUGGAGGGUUUCAGAAAUUGGAACGGCAUUGUCAAUCGCGCUCCCCAAGAGGCUGAGUUCGAAAAGGCCUUGUCAGACUCUGAGAUUCUCCUUUACUUUGGUCACGGAAGCGGGGCGCAGUACAUUCGAGCACGCGCAAUUCGUCGUCUUGAGAAGUGCAAACCGGCAACAUUCUUAAUGGGUUGCAGUUCGGCAUCGCUGACGGAAGCCGGAGAGUUUGAGAACUACGGCCCAGUGUGGAACUACAUGAUGGCCGGAUGCCCGGCGGUUGUGGGCACACUAUGGGACGUGACGGAUAGGGACAUUGAUCGGUUCGCGGGCCGAUCGUUUGAGGAAUGGGGGUUGUUUCCCAAGGGCACGUUCAAAGAGGAUAAGCGAGCCAAGGGCAAGAGUCGGGCCUCGGGCGAGGAUGAGACUACGGCGAGUGAAUCGGAGGAAGAUGGGCAGGUAACACGGAACGUGUCACUAGCCGAGGCUGUUGCACGGUCCAGGGAGGCGUGCAGGUUCAAGUAUCUCAACGCCGCUGCGGUGGUACUCUAUGGAAUUCCUGUGUACAUCAAGCACAAAGGUGACGAGUAA